UGCAAUUAUUGUUACUUGUUAUCGUGCGUAUGUUAAUAAUAGUUAGACGGACGAUAUAUAUGGCUAUCAACAUAUAACCUUCAAGAACUUCUGGAAGUAACAGCAGUAGAGAUAAUGGCUCAAGCAGACAGCUACAGUGGGCUCAACAGAUGGAAUCUUCAGGGCAUGACAGCACUUGUCACUGGUGGAACCAAAGGACUCGGGCAUGCUGUUGUGGAGGAAUUAGCAGAGAUGGGUGCAUCUGUGCAUACAUGCUCUAGAAACGAAGUUGAGCUUAAUGAAUGCAUACGGGAAUGGGAAAUGAAAGGUUUUAAAGUCACUGGUACAGUAUGCGAUGUAUCAUCUCGAGCAGAAGGAAAGAAGUUAAUGGAUAGAGUGUCAUCUCUGUUCUAUGGAAAACUUAACAUCCUUGUUCACAAUGUUGGGACAAGCAGAGUAAAGCCGAUUAUAGAGCAAAAUGCUGAAGAUUUUUCAGUUGUCAUGACUACCAAUUUUGAGUCUGCUUACUACUUAUCUCAACUUGCAUAUCCUCUGUUGAAAGCUUCAGAAGCAGGAAGUAUUAUUUUCAUGUCCUCAGUCUGUGGUGUGGUAUCAGUAAGCGGUGAUGCCACUUAUUCAGCGACUAAAGGGGCUAUGAACCAACUUGCCAAGAAUUUGGCUUGUGAGUGGGCAAGAGACAACAUAAGGGCUAAUUCUGUCGCGCCUUGGCUCAUCAGAACUCCUCUAACAGCACCUCAUCUGGAUAAUGAGACUUUCAUGAAGAAGGUAGUCGUUCGAACUCCAAUGGGACGCACUGGGGAGCCAAAGGAGGUUUCUUCCUUGAUAGCAUUUCUUUGUCUACCAGCAGCCUCGUACAUUACUGGGCAGACUAUUUGUGUUGAUGGAGGAUUUACAGUGAACGGGUUAUUCUUCCCAAGAACCUGAAUUGGUUAUAACUUGCAGGAAUAUGACACUAAAUUCAUGGAAGUCACAUCAACAAGAAUAACAAGUGAUGGAGUCCAAGUCACCAAAUCAUAUACUAUUAAGAGUGAUAUGAUAAAAUUAGGAGGGGAGUUAUUUUUCCUCCUCUUGUAUUCAAGUGUAAAAACUCAUUCGGGAUACAAUAAAGGGAUUCAACUAUUAA